AAGCCCCGGCAGCGGGGAUCAGCUGGGAUGAGGAGCAGUGGGACGGCACAGAUCUGUCAGAGGAGGAGAAGCCAGGUGAGAGGAAGAUACGCCAGAUCUCUCUGAUCGUUGGGGGUCCCGCCAUUCAACAGCCAGGAUGGCUCGGGAUAUGUCAGAUAAAGAAAUCCUGAAAAUGGAGCUGGACCAGUUGAAAAAAGAAGUGAGCACACCAAGAACACCAGUGAGUGCAAACUGCACGGAAACUAUCUCUUUUGUUGAAGGACUGUCACCAAACGACCCGCUGAUCAAGGGCGUCCCAGAUGACAAGAACCCCUACAAGGGAGACAAAGGAGGCUGUAUAUUAACAUAGCACAAAGAGAAAGUCUCACGUUUGUUUUUUAUUGUACCAGAGCUGCUCGUUACAUCCUUGCAGAGCUCUUGUGGAUUAAAUAAAUUAAAACGGAGAUGUGUAAUAAAAGCAUCACUACUCAAAGACUGUGUGUUUGUGUGUGUUAAGCUGUAAAUAAAUACAAAUAGAUGUUCAAA